CUGUGGAAUAAGACACUUAAGAGAUCCCGGCUACUGACGCGUCAUUUUGAGUGGACAAUAAUAAUAUCGUUUUUGACUGUAAGGGAGGCAUUGCCAACUCGGACUUUCUAAGGGAAAGCUCUUAUUUCUGGCUGAGUUUAUUUCUCCGUUUUCGACGCUCCAGCUGAGCAGCGUGAAAUUACACCCCCUGGACUUUUUGUUUUGUUUGUUAACCAACUCCAAAGAAAACGUCACCAUGGCAGAGACGUCGUCAACUACAGCCAAAUCCAAAAAGGCAGCCAAGCCUAAGAAACCUGCGUCUCAUCCCAAAUACUCGGACAUGAUUAAAGCGGCCAUCGUGAACGACACCAGCCGGAGUGGUGCGUCCCGGCAGUCCAUCCAGAAGUACGUGAGGAAUAACUACAAGGUGGGCGACAACGCCGAUGUGCAGAUUAAGAUGGCCCUGAGGAGGAUGGUGGCAGCCGGGACUGUGCGCCACACCAAAGGCGUCGGCGCGUCCGGAUCCUUCAGGCUGACCAAACCAGAGGACUCCAAAAAGUCCACCAAGGCAGCGGCACCUGCCAAACCAAAGAAGACCGUGAAGGCAGCCAAGCCCAAGAAGGCGGCCAAGCCCAAGAAGGUGGCCAAGACCCCGGAGAAAACCAAGAAGGCAGCUGCGAAGAAAGUCAAAAAGGUGGUGAAAAAGGCGACGCCAGUGAAAGCCAAAAAGGCACCAGCUAAGAAGGCAAAGGCGCCCAAGCCCAAGGCAAAACCACCGAAGAGGGUCGCCAAGCCCAAGGCAAAAACACCCAAAAAGGCAGCCAAAACCGCGAAAAAGAAGUAAAAGGACACUAUUAUAUAGUCACUGUAAAUACUUAAGGAAAUGUUUUCGUAUAUGUAUUAUUUUUGUAAGGUCUCAUGCAAACUUAUGCUGUUUCUACCAGUAGUUCUCUUCAUUGCACUAUACACGCUGUAGAAUUAAUGUUGAGCGUUUUUAUUUGGCGUUAAUAACAAUGUUCAUUUCUGUCUGAUCCGUGGAGACAUAAAGGCUAGACUGGGGGUCUGCCUGAAGAUGGAGAACAUGUACAUACAGUUGAACUUAUGAAUAGUUAUCGUUAGUGCACGGGGUCAUAACUGAACAUACAAAUGUGACAAUGGUGAUCAUUGUUGAGCCUUUACAUUGUGCAGACAGUGGACGUCAGCGAGAUUGCGUUUUAAAAGGCUGUGUAGUUGUCAUUCAAACUCCAUUCUGUAUAUUUCCUCAUGAGGAUUCCUACUCUACCAACAUCCCACUGUGUUCAGUCACUUUUAAAGACUGUUUAUACUGUAAUUCAAUAAACCCUUUGUCAUCUUCUACAA